AUGGUUCUAAUUCACGGUCAACCGUCCGACUGGAAAAGUUACAUUAACCGCACCGCUACUAUCAAAGACUGUAUGAGUUACUGUGUCACUCUGAGUACGUGUGUAGCUGUGUACGUGGAGAAAAAUGCCAAAAAUUGUUGGGUAUUUCAAGUUGGUCAAAUACAAAAACUGAAAGAAACUCUCAGCAUUCAAGGACACAAGAUUGCUAUGAAGGUCGAGCAAACAACAACCUGCGCUAAAUCUUUCAAUUCAAACUCUAUGACUGGUUCUGUAACAACAGCUACAAGUUAUCUUUCUUAUAAAAUACACCAAGGCACCGAUGGUCGUUGGAUUUUUACAACUACUCAAGUUCUCGAAUGCCCAGAUAACUACAGACUCUUCACAAGACCAAAAGGGUUAUGGUGUAUUGGGGUCAUAUCUGUGAACUUGUGUAUAUCUGGAGAUGACAGCGCUACAAAAUGUGCAGCUACUGGAGGAGUCUUGAGCGGUCUUCAGACGAUGGAAGAAACAAAUUAUAUUUAUGGAUUGGGUCAAGCCGCUUUGAAAAAAGAUCCGACUUAUAAUAAAUUUGGAUAUUGGGUCAAUGGAAGAAGGAAAUCCAGUUGUAUGCCACCGGCUCAACGUAGCGCAUCCUGCAAUGGUGUUAAUGAAUUCACUUACACCGAUCCUUUGCUCUCCGCCUAUGAUGGAUACCAAUUUGCAACAAAUGAACCGAACGGAAUAGUUGCACAAUCGACAACAUCCAACUGCUUGAACAUUCUUUUCGGAAAAACUGUGUUGUUUGGAGUUGACGAUAAUGGCUGUACCCAUCCGAACGAAGAAACAGAACUUUGCUACAAAGGAUAUGUCUGUGGAGUGAAACCAAGUGCACCAGCUUGA